UGUUGAUGUACAUGCUUGUUCAUCCGAAAUGGACCAGAACGGCAAAAGUUCAUCGCACGAUGUCCAUGCCGACAUCAACUACUUCCCGGCCACAGGGAAGGUCAUCUCAACCGAGGAGUGGCAGCCUCGCUAUUUGGGAGUGAGCAAUGAGUCCACAAGAAAAAUGACGAUCCACGACAUACGCGGCAUCGAAGACAGAUUCAGCCUCGAUGAGAACGGUUUCAAGUUUGUCAAGCUCCCCGGCAAGCACAGAAGCACCGAUGACGACGAGACUAUCAAGACGCUAUGGUACCCAGAAGUCUCUGGAGUCAUCAAAGACCUGACCGGCGCCUCGACCGUCCACGUGUUCAACCACUGCAUCAGACAGUGCAACGAGCCAGUAUCCAAGGGCAAGCUGGACCCAUCGGGCCGCUGGCUAGCCGCUGCGUCAGGGCACCCGCACGUGGAUUAUGCGGCACGUCCCGAGGACAUCCAGGGCACGCUAGAGGAGCUCAGGUUCCCCGCCGAGAUAGCCUCGCGCCUCGAGUCCUCGCCGCGGUUCGCCUUCGUCAACGCCUGGCGGCCCAUCAAGACGGUGCAGCGCGACCCGCUCGCCGUGGCCGACGCUUCCACCGUCCCGGACUCGGACUUCCAGAUCCGGGAGCGCAGGUUCAAGCCGAGCGGCGUCAGGUCCGGCAACUACGUCAUGUCGCAUGGCGCACGGGAGGAUCGGCAUGCCUGGUAUUACAUGCAUGAGAUGGGGCCGGACGAGCUUGUGGUAUUCAGGAACUACGAUACCAAGAGGGACGUGCCAGGCUGGAGGUGUCCACAUACUGCGUUCCAGAUUGAUGAGACGGGGGACAUGCCUGUCAGGGAAAGCAUCGAGAUCAGGGCUGUUUGUUUCUGGGACUGAGAUGCAGAAGUUAGUCGUGUGUUCAGUUGGUGCCAUUGGGUUUGAGAUCGACCCGGUUCUCGCAUCUGCCAGUGAGGUCUAAGCAUCCCCGUAUCAAUCUGGGGACUGUGCAAGAAAUGGAAUUCGAUUUGGUUCCGUGUUUUUUGCUCUAAAGAAAUGGUAUCAAAAACAUUCAUGAGUCCUUCAUAAUUGGAGCUACCAGUGCAAAACUUCCAUAGAUGAUCCGGCAGCAGCGUGAUUGUCCACAUCUGAUCGUCCUGGUCCCCUUUUCAUGUUCUAUCCAACGCCGAUAUUCCUUGAUCUUUCAGUAUUUGGCCAGGGCAGGCGCUGCUCUCUUCGUCAUUAUUUACCGCUUCACCCCAUUUGCAAUCUUGUCAAAAACGAGGCCUCCGAUUGUGGACUUCAUGAUAUUCCCAAUGGCACCGUGGUUCGGGUUUUUGUCGAUACCGGUGUUGAUCACAGCCGCGCUUAUCGCGGCGGUCGCCACCCUGACGCCCUUCUCCCCUACCCAAUCACCCGGCCUGCUCCUUUGUCGGAAUGCCUCGACAGCUGCUGCUGAUAGACCAGCUUUUAUCAUCUGAUUGCGUUUCUUCUUGUUGUCCACGGACGGGUCACGGCCCCUGUGUCCAUCGCGGCUGCCACGCCUCGAGGGAGACCGCGGCUCGCUGUGGUGCCUCCGGCCGCCCCGAUCGUGUCUUCUGGAUUUGUGGUCAGAGGACCGUGGUGGAUAGUAGCGGUCUUCGUCUUCGAAGUACUCUGCAGAUCCGUUGGCGUCGUUGUAUGUGGAUCGCCGGGAGGGAGCCGGUCGCUUGGCACGGCCACGAGGUUCCUCGUCGUAUAGGUCGAUCGAGUCCCGAUCAUCAUCGUAGUAUCUGUCCCGGUCCCGCCUCGAGGGCCCCCUGUCUCGUCGCGAGGACUGGUGUCUUGAAUGUGCCAUUGCGAGUUUGUGGUGCGUGGAGGAGAGAAGUCGGGUUUGGUUGUGUCGAGAGAAUGAAUGAAGUCGAGCAUUUGAGAACCCACAAAAUCGGAGUCCCCAAUGUGACGUACCCCCCUUGAACGUCACACACUGCACAGCUCGUCCGCAGUCUGCUUUUGCAUCAGGUUUCGCCGUGGUGUGCGCCAAGGGAUUCACUUCCAGGAUUACUGCUCCAUUGUCAUCCAAUGACGGCGGCUCAGGCUGCCACUGCCGACUUACCCGAGUCACUUCUAGGCCUUCUAGUCAAGGCUUGAUGGCGGUGUCGCUGCCUGUUCCCUGUUUCGCCAGAGGCCGCCGUUGAGACCUG